GUAAACGUUAUGAGAUUUCUUUUGUGAUUCUGUACUUGGCAACUGCAUUGCACGGUUUUCCAGCAUGAACUUGACGAUGUCGUGUCGCAAUAUCAAAAGAUUGGACACGCCUGAUCAGAUUGGCAUCUUUUCACUCACCCUAGCAAGGACUUUUCGCUGUGGAUCUUUCGUUCCAUCUCACGCCCAAACUCUGAGGCCUCGACUCCCACAUCCAGCCCAGAGAAGAUGGUAGCUCUGGUUUAAGAUGCUUGAAGGAUGGCCUCAGAUCUAGAACAGUUAUGCUCUUAUGUUAAUGAGAAGAUUGACAAUAUUAAGAAAAUUCUGUCGAUAAGAAAUCUUGGCCAAGCACCUGCCUUGAAGACCACCUUAAGUAAAAUAGAAAAUGAGAUCAUUACAGUAAAUGAACUUCUAAAUCAUUUUGAGUUGGAAAUUCAGUAUCAAGAACAAACCAACAAGUCACUUAAGGAGCUCUGUGAAUCUCUUGAAGAUGAUUUGAAAGAUGUGGAGCAUCUCAAAGAACACAUUCCAUCCUAUUUGCCGCAAGUGACAGUGACCCAGAGCUUGGUUAACAAAUCCAAUCUGGAUUCUAAAGAGCCAGUCGAAGCUGAGGAACCUGUCCUGGCAAAGAAGCCUCCCAGAGAACAGAGAAUUAUAAAGGAAAUGCAGUUUAUAACCACUGAUGAAUUCAAUGGUGUUCCUGCGUACAUGAAAUCCCGUUUAACAUAUUGUCAAAUUAAUGAUGUUAUUAAAGAAAUUAAUAAAGCAGUGGUUAGUAAAUACAAGAUUAUACAUCAACCAAAAGCAUCUAUGAGUUCUGUGAAGAGAAAUCUCUACCAAAGAUUUAUUAAUGAAGAAACAAAGGACACGAAAGGUCGUUAUUUCAUUGUGGAAGCUGACUUAAAGGACUUUACGAACUUGAAGGCUGACAAGAGAUUAUAUGUGAUCUUGAACAUCUUACGGCAUUGCCAGAGACUGUCAGAGGUUCGAGGGGGAGGACUUACCCGUUAUGUCCUAAUCUGAGACUUUCGAAGGCUCGGAACUGACUGGCAGUAGGGUUUAGAGGACAGUCUUGAAAUUUCUUAUGUAAUAUUAUUAGCUGCUACACUUCCUGGUCUUGUUUUUUACAGAAAUAAAACUUUGUUUGGGUCAAGCAUAUGUAUUUUCAAAAUGUACUGCCCUUAGGAAUGUGGAUGAAGCUGGGACUCAUAGUAAACACAUAAGCCAAAGUCAGAAUGAUAAACCUGAUCUCCUAUGUGGAACCUAGACUGAAAUUAAAAAUGUGUAUAAUGUGGAGACCAAAAAGUAAGGGGAAGAGAGAACCAGAAGAUAAAGGGAUUAUGUGAGGACUAUCUGGGAACCAGCCAAGGGGAGCAGAGUAGAAGCACAGGAAAGGGCAGGGUGUGAAUUAAAAUAAAGUGUAAUGUCACACAAUGUAUGAAAAUGUAGGAACGGGACUCAUUUCUUUGUAUGCUAACUUAAAAGUUAAGUUAAAAAUAUUGUUGUGUAGGGGACACCGUAACCACGCGUACUAGGAGCUGGCUACAGGUAUGCCUGACCACACCUGCAAGGGUCAGGGUGACGUAGGAAAGGUUUAAGAGUGAGGGGCGUGCACGUGGAAGGCCCUUCCUCCGUUUCAUCUUCUGCUUGCUGUACUUACUCUGCCCUGCUGGCUGGCUAGGUCGCUCUGUAAUUAAGGCUUCUUCCUAAUACCCUUAUAUCUUUACCUGACUUCGUAUUGGUAAUGCCCACAUUAUUGCUGCCUUUUAGCAAAUAUUCAACACUGCCAAAGACAGCCUGUGUAUGAGGUGUGCAGUGAAAAGCACAACUAGUUCUGUUAAGUGGGCAGUACUGCAGAUACUAUGGGCAUAGACUUGAUGUUGGGAAAGAUGAGGAUACCCAAGCCCUCUGGGUUGUAAAGUCUGAUUACUGAUUUUCCAUGUGCCCUUAGGGAACAGCUUCCUUAAAAUGCAUUCUGUAUAAGCCAGCCUGCCUGCUUCAACCUGUAAGGAAGUAUAUUGAGAUGCUGUGAUAUUGUCAUACAAUAAAUAUGUGUUAAAUCUUUACUUUCA